AACCGGAAGUAUUCAAUCAUAACACAUGUCAGGAGGAAAUGAAUCGCCAUAAUAUAUCGUAAAAUACACAAACCAGUGCAAUGAGUAACCGGAAUAUUGACGAGAUUGACGAAGAGGAUUUUGAAAGCUUUGCCUUAAAUCUUGAAGAUGUUGUCAAAGUAAUUGAUCUGGAUGAUGAUGAUCCUCACCCAGAUUCAGACGAUGAAGACAAUGAUGGAAUGGAGGUGGAUGGAGAGAGCGCAGCUGCCACUGGUAUAGUUGCUGAUGUUGAUGAUGCUGGUGUUGUUUUCAAGGAGCACAAAGAUUCUGUGUUCUGUGUGAGAGUUGACCCUAUAACUUGUACACUGGCUGUGACUGGAGGACAAGAUGACAAGGCUUUAGUGUGGGACAUCGAAACAGGCCAGGUCGUGUUUGAAUGUACAGGACACAAGGAUUCUGUCACUAGUGUGGGCUGGAGUCAUGACAGCGUGUAUGUGGCAACUGCAGAUCUUAGUGGGCUGAUCAAGGUGUGGAAGGUGGAAUCUAAGGAGGAGGUGUGGUCAUUUGAGGCAGGAGACGUGGAAUGGUUGCAGUGGCACCAUGACGCCCACGUCCUCCUGGUGGGCACCGUGGAUGGGCAGGUGUGGAUGUGGAAGAUACCAGGUGGCGACUGCAAGACAUUCAGCAGCCAUGGUCCGGGAGCUCUCAGUGGAGUGGUCAUGCCAGAUGGUAAACGAGCAGGUGUGGGAUAUGAAGAUGGAGUAAUCAAGAUAUGGGAUCUGAAGACAGGAGACUGUCAGCACACUAUCACAGGUAACGAUGGCCACAAUUCGUCUGUGGUGUCACUACACAGCAGCAAGGAUAACUCCCUUCUAAUGAGCGGCUCCACCGACAUGACAGCUAAACUUAUCAACACAACGACUGGAAAGGUGAUAUCUACCUAUGACUGUUCUAGUCAUCGUAUUGGAUCAGCUGAUGAUGAAAAUUCAGUGGAAAGUGUUGGGUUGUCUGGUGUGUUGAACUACGCAGCAACAGGAACACUGGGCGGAGUAAUGAGCAUCUGGGAUAUCUCCACACACGUCGUCAGACACCAGUGUGUCCAUGGUGAUGGUAUCGUGAAGCUGAAGUGGGAUGAGACGUCCCCACUGGUGUACACAGCAAGUCUGGACGGAGUGGUGAGCAUGUGGGAUGCUCGCAGUGGCAAGGAGGAGACCCGCUGGACGGGGCACUCGGCUGCCAUACUGGACUUUGAUAUCACAGAGGAUGGUGACAAGUUGUUGACCGUUUGUGAGGAUCAUACAGCAAGAGUGUUCUCAAUCAAGUCACCAGAUGGAUAAAGACACGGCUUGUACAGUCAUGUUUUAUAAAGAUAU